AGAAAUAUUGGAAGAAAAUAAUAUAGAAACAGUUUUUCCCGACAUGAUGGUGGAAGAAAGCCGAAGGAGGUGGCCGCCAUAGCGGAGGCCUUCAAAGCCCUACUGGCGGCAAACCCGCACUUAAAAUUCUAAAUGCCGCAAGGCGGUGAAAAUACCCUGGCCAACAUGCUGUUGAGGCGAAGGCCACCAUACCAUACCCUAGAUUUCCCCCUAGAUUUCCCCCUGUAGGCUGUUGGCUUUUAGCAAGGCAAGACUUUAUCUGGACCUUUCUUGCCUUACUGUCAGGACGUGUUUCUACCAAAACCAUUGUUUGUGGUGGACUGAUCUAUCAACAUGGGGGCCGUUUUAGGCUUAUUUUCUGCUGCUCAGCUGGCUUGUUGUUGUGGGAGCACAGCAUGUUCGCUGUGUGCAGCAUGCCCAGCAUGCAGAAAUUCAACAUCGACACGCAUCAUGUAUGCCAUAAUGCUCCUUCUUGGGACUGUCGUUGGGUGUAUCAUGCUUGCCCCAGGUUUGCAAGAUGAGUUAAAGAAGGUUCCCUUCUGUAAAGGAGACACAGUUCAUCUUGGGUUUGAUUGUAAAGAGGCGGUGGGAUAUCUUGCAGUGUACCGAUUAUGCUUUGCCCUGACCAUGUUCUUUACUCUGAUGGGUAUCAUCAUGCUUGGUGUUAAGUCUUCAAAGGAUCCUCGAGCGGGAAUACAAAAUGGCUUUUGGGGGCUCAAGUACCUUGUUGUGAUUGCCCUUGCUGUUGGGGCAUUUUAUAUUCCAGAAGACAGUAGCUUUGCCACUACUUGGUUAUAUUUUGGCAUGAUUGGUGGUUUUCUUUUCAUCAUCAUCCAGUUGAUUCUUAUCAUUGAUUUUGCCCACACCUGGGCUGAACGCUGGGUAGGACGCUAUGAAGAAACAGAAUCUAAGUGGUGGUAUGUUGCCCUACUCUCUGCCUCUGCAUUCAAUUACAUCAUGAGCAUCACUGGUAUCUCACUUCUGUAUUACUUUUACACAUCGCCCGGUGACUGUGGAUUGCAAAAGUUCUUCAUUUCCUUCAUUCUCAUCCUUGCUGUUGGUGUGAGUGUUGCGUCAAUACUUCCUGCUGUUCAAGAACGCCAGCCUCGGUCUGGGCUCCUGCAGUCAUCUGUUGUAACUCUUUACACUGUAUAUCUCACAUGGUCUGCCUUGUCCAGCUCAUCAGACAAAGAGUGCAACCCAGGAUUGCUUGGAAUAAUUGGGAAAACCACUACAAGCAAAGUGGGCUUUGAUCAACAGGCCAUAGUUGGAUUGGUUAUUUGGAUGUGCUGCAUUCUCUACUCGUCUGUUCGUUCUGCCUCUUCGUCUUCCAAAAUUACAAUGUCUGAGCAUGUGCUUGUGAAGGAUGGUGGAGUUCGGCCCUCAAUGCAAGGUGACGCCUCUCUGAUUGAUAAUGAAGAACGAGGAACCCUAACUGAGGACAAUGGACGCGGUGGCCAGAAGGUUUGGGACAAUGAGGACGAGGGUGUCGCAUACUCAUGGACCUUCUUUCAUCUUACCUUUUGCCUGUCUACACUGUACAUUAUGAUGACCCUGACAAACUGGUACCAGCCAAACUCAUCUUUGGCGACCUUGAACUCCAACGAUGCAUCGAUGUGGGUGAAGGUGAUUUCCAGCUGGAUGUGUAUGGGACUUUAUUUGUGGACCCUAAUUGCCCCAGUUGUUCUCCCUAACCGAGAAUUUAAUUAAGUCACUGCCACUUUGAUCAUUUCUUUGUUAAAGUUUCAUUUCCUUUUAAAUUUUGGCAUCUCUAUUUACCAAUACUUGUUUAAAAAUGUUUGUUCUUGUCCGAAUACUUUUUCUGAGGUGAACUUGAGUUGUCUAUGUUGUAAUAACGAAAAUCAGGUGAAUUCCUCAUACUUUAAGCUUUAGCUAUAGCUUACUUUUACCAAAUUUCAGUAUAGGUAACCAUUGUUUUCUUUGUUCAAUCCUUUUAUGUGUAGUCAAAUACCUUAGUGAUAAAGAUUUAAGUUAAAUUUUAGAUUGAGCAAUGUGAUAAGAUAAUUUAAGAUUUUAUAUUUGUUUCUUAUUUUGGUAGAACUAGUGACUGGCUUUCCUUGUGACAUGGUUUAGUGAUUGUAUUUGUGAGAGAGCAUGUCAGCUGUACGCCUCUAAACUCUGUAGAUCGUGUAACAUUUAUGUUACAAUUCAGUUUCAUUCUUAUUAUGUUUUGUGGUGUACUUAGUAUCACUUUUUGCCCCUGGCUAAGCUAAGGAACUUCAACUGCCCUCAUUGUUCUAGAAUGUUCUAAGUCAUUAGCCCUUUCUAGUGUUACAUUAUCUAUCGAUUUUCUCUGAAAAUGAGUGUAUGUAGUAUUGUGUUAGAUGUUGAAGUCAUCACCAUUGUAAACUGGAUGGAACGGAGGAUGGAACCCUGUUAUAAUUAAGGGUAGAUUGAGAUUACUAAUGACUGGAUGUUUUGGUGAAAAGGAGACAGAUUGGUUACAUUCAAGCGACUUUAAGUUUAACAUCUGUUUAUUUCUGUACAUUGAACAUAAAUUGAGCAUCUUGAAGAUAAGUAACUUCAACAAACAGAAAUCAUGCUUGUAAUUCUGAGAUCAAAUAAAAUAAAUAUUCAAAUA